AGUAAACUUCCGGUUACGCAACAACUCAGACGUUGUUUGUACGCUGGUUCUGAAGUUAGCCGACGGUAACUAGUUAGCUAACUAACUUGUUGUAGUUAGUGCCGUUCACAUCGUCUUAACAGCGUGGUUUUAUACUAUAUGCUUUAAAUAUUUAAACCGUCUUUCACAACUACAAAACCCGCCUUCCGUUUCGAUUCAGUCGGUUUUUGUCGUAGAAGAAUAGCCGUUAGCUGUUAGCCGUUUAGCCUAAGAGGCUAACAGGGUCUACAAUGGAGGGCAGCGCCAGCGUGAGGAAAGCGCUGUUCGGGACUCUCGUCCCUGUAACGGUCACAACAAUGGCUCUUCUUCAACAUCCCGAGGAGGAGGAGAAGGGGAAGACGAAGAGAAAGGUCCUCGAUGAAGAGCAAUACAUUGAGAGCUUAGAGAAGAUCAUCCAGCGGGACUUCUUCCCAGAUGUGACUAAAUUGCAGGCGCAGAAGGAGUAUCUUGAAGCAGAGGAAACUGGUGACCUAGUGAGGAUGAGAGAGAUAUCCAUCCGAUAUGGUUCAUCUUUGACAAAAUCUACACCCCGGUCUACUGCACCCUAUGUGACACCAGCUAGCUUUGACACACCAGUUGGCCGCUCAAGCUCUCCCUCCUCCACUCUUGGCAAUAAAGGUUUAGAUGGGGAGAGCAAGGAUGAUGACAAGGAAGAGAAAGAACUGCCCUGUCUGGAUCGCUUCCUUGCUAAAAACACCAGUGAGGAUAAUUCAUCAUUUGAGCAGAUAAUGGAUUUGGCAGAAGACAAGGAGAGGCUGAGGCAUUCCUGGUUAUAUGAAGCUGAGGCUGAAUACAAACGGCGCCAUGAAGAGAACCUUGCAUUACCAUCAGCAGAGAAAGCAGCACUUGAAUGUGUCAAAGCUGGACUUGAGACAUGGGAGUACAAAGCGAAGAAUGCCUUGAUGUAUUAUCCAGAGGGUGUAAAAGACGAUGAUGAUCAAUUUAAGAAGCCACGGGAGGUAGUGCACAAGAACACACGAUUUGUUGGAGACCCAUUCAGCAAAGCUCUCAACAAAAGCCAGAUUCAGCAGGCUGCAGCCCUCAAUGCACAGUUCAAACAGGGUAAAGUAGGCCCCGAUGGGAAAGAGCUCAUCCCACAUGAAUCCCCAACAGUGAAUGGAUAUGGUUUUGAAAGUAUGCCAUCCCCUGCACCUGGUGUAGCCGAGUCGCCUCUCAUGACCUGGGGUGAGAUCGAGACCACCCCAUUUCGUCUGGAUGGAUCGGACAGCCCAUAUGUCGAAAGGAAUCAUGGUCCAUCAUUUAAGAUUCCAGAACCAGGAAGACGAGAGAGACUGGGUAUAAAGAUGGCCAAUGAAGCUGCCGCUAAAAACCGUGCAAAGAAACAGGAGGCCUGGCGAAAAGUCACAGAGAACCUUGCAAGUCUUACGCCUAAAGGUCUGAGCCCAGCCCUCACCCCCGCCCUGCAGAGGCUCGUUAAUCGGACAUCUAGCAAAUACACAGACAAAGCACUCCGAGCGAGUUACACCCCAUCUCCCUCACAUGGAGUCUGCAAGUCCCCCUUCGGCGGCCCAGCCACUCCCUCAGGAACGCCAACACCAGACAAAGUCAAGACGCCAGGCUCUCAGGACCUUACAUCCCUCACAGACAAUCUGCUGCAACUUCCCAAGAGACGGAAAGCCUCAGACUUUUUCUAAGUAAGGGAAGCUGUUCUCUGCUGGGUUUGUGCAAAACAGACAUAUUAUGAUGUGGAGAACUUGAUUGUCCAGACCCAGUUUUCGCAAAUUAAAGAGGACAUCUUUCAGCUGGAUGACUGGAUGAAGAAAUGCAGGAUCACCGAGGAAUUUUUAAGGAUUUUUUUUGUUACAUAUUUUGCACGGAUGGGUUAAUGUAAAUCCCUGUGAAAUACGUGUUUGUGUCUAAAUUCUAUUUAAUUACUAUAUUUUUUUAGAUUUCGUUUUAUCCCAAAUGCCAAGUUUCAUAGAUUUUUGUGCAUCUGUUUCCACUCUAACAAACGUUUGCCACCGACCUAGAAGCACAUGCUUAAAUGAUAAUACAAUUAUAACUAUAUGAGAAUCACGCAUACAAAUGAGAUUUUAGCGCACGGCAUCCAAUAGCUGUCGCCCAGCUCUCCAUACAUGCUGCCACGACAGUUCAGUGUUCGUCUACGCAUCAUAGAAAUGACUCAAAGUGACAUGUUUUGUUAGCGUACAACAGGUUUCCCCAACGUCACAUUAUUAUGUUGGUGUAAAAGAAUCAGAAAUAUCCCACAGCUUCAGUUGUACAGCUCAGUGUAAAUGUUUGAAAAUAUUAACAGACAGAACUCGGCUCAGUAUCAUUCAUCUGUACGUUUGUCUUAAAAUCUAUUAUAAUAAAAAAUUGGACAAUUUUUUCAAAAACGCUCUGCAAAAGGAAGUAUAUAGUACCAUGUAUCACCACAUGAUAUCCUUGUCCUUGAUAUACUAUUCUGUGUUUACUGGGUCACCUAAAGCCGGAUUUAUCAGUUGAAGUUGUCCUGAUUUGUGGGGAAGUCAACACACAGGCAUACUGUGGCUUGAUUUACAACUUUACCUUUUCAAGGGAGUCUUUGUUUAUAGGUCUGGCAUAAUUUUGACUCAGCUGUAGACAUACUUACACACAAAGCUACAUUUUUAGUAGUGAUGUUUAAUAUGCAUGUUGAUUUGGAUCCUUAAAUUUAUCUUUUUACGUGUAUGUCCAAUCAGUGUUGAUGGUAAAUGUAGUCGAUUAAAGCAAUGCAUUCCUCAGUGCAUGUUACGUUGACAGAGAAAGCUGAGUUUGCAGCUCCAAUAUGUGUUGUUCCUGCAUUCAUCGCUGUCAUUUGACAUGACGCUGACAUAGUUGGAUGCAAGGAAGAACUGCAAGCUUUUUCUGCUUAGACUUCUAGUCUCCGCCUCUGGGAAGCCAGGGGGCGUGCGUGCUAUAGAUGCCGCUCAAAACUUCCUAUUUCUCUUGUGCAGAGAGUGCAGAGGAUGUGAAAGACGAGGAUACAUUUUACAGUGUAAAUAUAGCAGUCAAUAAUAGUACACACCAGGAGGUUAUUGCUUCUAUUGACAACAAACCAUGACCUUUUGAUGGUGUGAUCAGGGUUCCUAACGUACUACAUGAUGCAGGCAGUGUACUGUAGGUUAAGUAAUUUGAUAUGUUUUCCAAUAUUACAAAGGUAAACCAUGAAAAUCUCUCAAAAGCAGCUUGGAGUUUGACCCAGGGGCUAUCGCACAAGGUCAAACAGGUCAGACUGUCCCAGGAAGAGAAGGAAUACCAUUACAGAAAGCAAAUUAUUUUAGAUAAUUUUGGGUAGAAAUGCAUAUUUAUGCAUUUUUUUAGUUCAAAGGAUCCCAAAUGAAUAAAGACAAAUCUCAUUUCA